AUGAAACAACAAGGUGAAGAUUUGAAUGCUUUCGAACAACUCGAGCUGGGAACAGUAAGAACUUUGAUGUAUGGAGCAAUUGCCGGUGCAUGUUCUGAAGCUGCUACUUACCCAUUUGAAGUUGUGAGAAGACAGCUUCAGAUGCAAGUUCGAGCAACGAAGAUGAAUGCGUUACAAACUUGCAUUAAGAUAGUCGAACAUGGUGGCUUUCCUGCACUCUAUGCUGGAUUGAUCCCGAGCUUAUUACAGGUUUUACCAUCGGCUGCCAUUAGUUAUUUUGUCUAUGAGUUCAUGAAGAUAGUCCUUAAAGUGCAAUAA